AUGGCUAGGAAGGGGGAGGCCUCCCCCUACGGUGAACCAAGGAAAUUUGACCCAAAGUUCAGAGGACCUAUUCACAACAGGCAUUGUACAGAUGUUCUCUGCUGUGCCAUCUUUGUAGUGGUCAUCCUGGGUUACAUUGCUUUAGGAAUUGUGGCUUGGGUGCAUGGCGACCCCAGAAAAGUGGCCUACCCCACUGACAGCUAUGGGCAGUUCUGUGGUCAAAAAGGCACACCUAAUGAGAACAAGACAAUUUUGUUUUACUUUAACAUUCUGAAAUGUGCCAGCCCUAUAGUGCUUAUAAACCUACAGUGCCCUACAACACAGCUUUGUGUCUCAAAGUGCCCAGACAGGUUUGCAACCUACAUAGACAUGCAAUCUUCGUACAGAUAUAACAAAAGUUAUUGGGAGUAUUACAGACAAUUUUGCAAGCCUGGUUUUAAUAAGCCAUGGAAGUCUGUGGCCCAAGUUAUGCGUGAUGAAGAUUGUCCUUCCAUGAUCAUUCCAAGUCGAUCUUUUCUUAAGAGAUGUUUUCCUGAUUUCUCCACUAAAAAUGGUGUUCUGACUGUGGCCAAUCGAACUACUUUCCUUGAUGGAAGAGGAAAAACAAGAAAUGUAACUGAUCUCAGGGAAGCUGCAAAUGGCAUCAAUAAUGUUCUUGAUGCAAGAUCAGUUGGAAUGAAAAUUUUCGAAGACUAUGCCAGUUCUUGGUAUUGGAUUUUAAUCGGUCUGUUUAUUGCAAUGGUUGUCAGCUUGCUCUUCCUUGUUCUUCUGAGAUUCACAGCAGGAGUACUGUUUUGGAUUUUCAUCUUUGGAGUGAUUGCGAUUAUAGGAUAUGGUAUCUGGCAUUGCUAUUGGGAAUAUCACCGUCUUCAUGGCAUACCUGGCUCUGACCUCACCAUCUAUGAUAUUGGAUUCCAGACAGACUUCAGAGUGUAUCUGCAACUGAGGCAAACAUGGUUAGCAUUUAUGAUAUUACUUUGCGUAGUGGAAGUUGUCAUUAUACUGAUGUUAAUAUUUCUGAGAAAUCGAAUCCGGAUAGCUAUUGCACUUUUGAAGGAAGGUAGUAGGGCCAUUGGCUAUAUCAUGUCUACAUUAUUCUACCCAAUCAUUACCUUCAUUCUUAUUGCAAUCUGCAUUUCCUACUGGGCCGUGACUGCUGUCUUUCUGGCUACAUCAGGAGAACCAGUGUACAAAGUCAUGGCUAAUCAAACCCUGUGCAAAUAUGCAAAUCUGACUUGUUACCCAGAGACUUUCAACACAACGAAUGUGACCAAGCUGUGUCCAGGGGCCCAGUGUACAUUUGCUUUCUAUGGUGGAGAAAGCCUAUACCACAGAUACAUCUUUGUCUUUCAGUUCUGCAAUAUAUUUGUAUUUCUCUGGCUAGUAAAUUUUGCAAUUGCAUUGGGUCAAUGUACCCUUGCAGGUGCCUUUGCCUCUUACUAUUGGGCCUUUAGAAAACCUGCAGACAUUCCACCAUGUCCACUGUUUGCUUCAUUUGGACGAGCAAUACGAUAUCAUACAGGCUCCCUAGCAUUUGGCUCCUUAAUUCUUGCAGUAGUCCAACUGAUUCGAGUAAUCCUGGAAUACUUGGACCACAAACUGAAAGGGUCACAGAAUGUAUUUGCUAAGUUCUUGCUUUGCUGCUUCAAAUGCUGUUUUUGGUGCUUGGAAAAAUUCCUUAAGUUUAUCAACAGAAAUGCCUACAUCAUGAUUGCAAUAUAUGGUAAAAACUUCUGUGCAUCAGCAAAGGAAGCUUUCUUUCUGCUCAUGAGAAACGUGGUUAGAGUUGCCGUGCUGGAUAAAGUGACAGACUUCUUACUAUUCCUGGGGAAAAUUCUUGUUGCUGGAAGUGUGGGUGUUCUAGCCUUCUUUUUCUUCACGCAUAGGAUACCAGUAUUCACACAAGAAGCCCCAUCUCUGAAUUAUUAUUGGGUACCUCUCCUGACAGUCAUUAUCGGCUCUUACCUAGUUGCACAUGGAUUCUUCAGUGUCUAUGCAAUGUGUGUUGAUACGCUCUUCCUCUGCUUUUGUGAAGACUUGGAAAGGAAUGACGGAUCUACAGCAAAACCCUACUACAUGUCAGCCAGUCUUCACCGAAUUCUGGGGAAGAAGGAGCUGAGUCCUAAGAAGUUAAUGGGAUAAUGUUUAAAAAAAUUCUCAUGAACAUGGCAGUGGUGUCGAUUUUAAGGAAGGGGAGAAAUGAGAUGCAUA